CUCUGUGCCCAAGGCAGUUCUCCAGGGAGAGAAGAUUCCUCUCCAUUCCCAAACUGACAGAAAAGCUUGACCUGCCGCAAAACCACUAUUUCAUAAGAUGCUAAUGUUGAGUGUGGAAAACAAGACAACAAAUGGUGUUGUUUUGGGUAUAGGUAGCAGGAUGGUAAGAGGGAUCAGAAAUUCUCUCUGCAAUUUGUAAAGCAGUUAGCAGUUUUCAGAGCAAGAGGUUAGAGGGAAGAAAACCCCUGAAGACUUUUUUUCCCUGCAGAGCUCGUCUGGAAACCCGUAGCAAAGGUUUCUAGUUUUUCCUCACCAGGAGGACAAAGUCUCUUUAGGAAGAGCAGUUAGUUUUUGUGAAGGGGAGACUUGCUGAUUUCAAAACUGUGGACCCCGCUGGAAUAAAUUUUUCUCGCCUUACGUUUGCUUCCUCUGAGGCUUUGUGGAAAUCCAGCUGUCUUCCAGCCUCAGGUGGGAGGAAUCGUCAAAGGGGGCAGGGUGGGGUGAGGCCCAAGGGCAGAGGUUCCGCGAGAAUUUGAAUCUAAUUUGGGUAAAGUCGCGGUGUGGCCGCCUCCCCUCGCUCACUCUUGGAGUUCAUGCACUGUAGGUCUUGUACCCACGUAGAGUACGUAACAAGUGGACGGAAACCGUUCCUCCAACCUCCGUGGAGCUUAACUUUUAGUGGGGAAGACCCGCAGUAAACAAGACCUGUCCCGAAAGGAAUGCGUUCCCAGGUAUCUUGGAGAGGUAGCGUGUGGAUAAUAUCCAGCUUCGGCCCAAAUCUACAGACUCCGCCUGGUUAGUUGCUAAGGACUCCCGCCGUUGCGAGGCACCGGCCCUGCCUGCGGGGUAUCGCGAUGGUUCUCGAGACUUCGCGCGGGAUCUUGCAGUCGUUGCCUGGAGACGGCGCAUCCUGGGAAGGCCGGGCGCUUUGGUUUGUCGGUCCACGCAGGCGGGAAACCACAACCAUGGCGCCCAAAAAGAAAGGGAAGAAAGGCAAAGGCAAAGGCACUCCGAUUGUUGAUGGGCUGGCUCCGGAGGACAUGAGCAAGGAGCAGGUGGAGGAGCACAUCGGCCGCAUCCGGGAGGAGCUGGACCGCGAGCGAGAGGAGCGCAACUACUUCCAGCUGGAGCGCGACAAGAUCCACACUUUCUGGGAGAUCACACGGAGGCAGCUGGAGGAGAAGAAGGCCGAGCUGCGGAACAAGGACCGGGAGAUGGAGGAGGCCGAGGAGAGGCACCAGGUGGAGAUUAAGGUCUACAAGCAGAAGGUGAAGCACCUGCUGUACGAGCAUCAGAGCAGCCUGACAGAGAUGAAGGCGGAGGGCACCGUGGUCAUGAAGCUGGCGCAGAAGGAGCACCGUGCACAGGAGGGGACGCUGCGCCGGGACAUGAGGGCUCUGAAGGUGGAGCUGAAGGAGCAGGAGCUGGCCAACGAGGUGAUGGUGAAGAACCUGCGGCUGAAACACACCGAGGAGAUCACCAAGAUGCGCAACGACUUUGAGAGGCAGGUGCGAGAAAUCGAGGCCAAGUACGACAAGAAGAUGAAGAUGCUUCGGGACGAGCUCGACCUGCGCAGGAAGACAGAGAUCCACGAAGUGGAGGAGAGGAAGAACGGCCAGAUCACCACGCUGAUGCAGCGACACGAGGAGGCCUUCACCGACAUCAAGAACUACUACAACGACAUCACCCUCAACAACCUGGCUCUCAUCAACUCCCUCAAGGAGCAGAUGGAGGACAUGAGGAAGAAGGAGGAGCACAUGGAGAAGGAGAUGACGGAGGUGGCCAUGCAGAACCGGCGCCUGGCGGACCCCCUGCAGAAGGCUCGGGAGGAGAUGAAUGACAUGCAGAAGAAACUCGGGGGCUAUGAGAGGGACAAGCAGAUCCUGGUGUGCACAAAAGCCCGUCUGAAAGUCACUGAGAAGGAGCUGAAGAGCCUGAGGUGGGAGCACGAGGUGCUGGAACAGCGAUUCAUCAAGGUGCAGCAGGAGCGGGACGACCUAUACCAGAAGUUCACCACGGCCAUCCUGGAGGUGCAGCAGAAGGCGGGUUUCAGGAACCUCAUCCUGGAGCGCAAGGUGCAGGCACUGGUUGCUGCCGUGGAGAAGAAGGAGGUGCAGUUCAAUGAGGUGCUAGCAGCCUCCAACCUGGACCCCGCGGCCCUGACCCUCGUGUCCCGCAAGCUGGAGGACGUUCUGGAAUCGAAGAACAGCGCCAUCAAGGAUCUGCAGUACGAGCUGGCCCGGGUGUGCAAGGCCCACAAUGACUUGCUGCGCACAUAUGAGGCAAAGCUCCUGGCCUUCGGAGUCCCCCUGGACAACGUGGGUUUCAAGCCCCUGGAGACCGCUGUGAUCGGGCAGACGCUGGGACAGGGCCCUGCAGGACUUGUGGGCACCCCAACGUAGCCCCAGCCUGGGUGAGGUCCCCCCACAGCAAAGACAGCAGGUCUUAGUUGUGACACUCGGGAUCGUCAUUGCAUCCCACAAAGUCUUUGAUUGAGAUGCACGGACUCUCUAGUGGCGGCUCGCAGGCUAGUUGCUCUGAGGCCUGUGGGGUCUUAGUUCCCAGACCAGGCGUCGAACCUGACCCCUGCAUUACAAGGUGGAUUCUUAAACCCUGGAUGCUCAGGGAAGUCCCAAAGCCUCUGCAAAUUUAAAGCACAGAAACUGGAUUUUGGGAUUCUUGGUGGGUCCAUUUUGUCUAAGAAGCUGCCAGAGAAGCCACCCACCAUCCCUAUUGGCUUUGAUUUUGAAACAGAGAAAAGAAUCAAACAAUGAGAAGCAAAGAAGACAUAGGAGGAUAAACACUUUAAAUUUCAUGCGGAGCCUUGCCUUUCUUGUCGCUUCUUAGAUGUUGUGGGUGUUCCUGAAAAGAAAGAAAUUCCACUCAUUGACCCAGGUCACCUGCCUUUGUUCAGAAGACGAGAACCCCAAAACCCACCCAAGAAGAUGAAGAUGAGGAACAGCCAGUAGUGAUAAGAACUUAACAACUGCCUCACUGCUGCUGCUGCUGCUAAGUCUCUUCAGUUGUGUCCAACUCUGUGCAACCCCAUAGACGGCAGCCCACCAGGCUCAGCCGUCCCUGGGAUAAGCCCAAAAUCCCGGUGAGGAGAACUAUGGAAAUAGGCCCUUUCUCUUUUGAUUAAAAAAAUUCACUUACAGAAGGAGAAGAAAAUAAAACAACUGCAGAAAGGGGAGGUGCCCAACUUCUAGGCACUUCCUUUGCUUCAUUUUAACACCAUUAACCUGCAGGAGAAGAUGAAGAACACAACCCAGGCUGAACCUUCUACUUGGAGCCUGGCAGAAGCGGUGCUUGAAGGCACAGACUUUGGUGCUCUCCGUGCCCCGGUGACAAGGAAGGCUCCUCCUGGUGUGAAGGAGAGAGCAGCUCUGGUUCCCAGAUGGUAUCUGCAGCCUAGUCUAGCAGUGGAGUUGACUGGAGAAUUUGGGUGGUACCCAUAUAGUCAAGGGCUGCUCACUUGCAGUAAUUUGUGUGGCUUCCAUCCUCCUCCUCUGUUUU